AUGGAUGAUAGUGAAGAUGUUGUAGGAGAUGAUGAGUACCUAGAUGAAUUUUCUGAUGAAGGAGAUUCGAACGAAUUUCUUAGUGACGUUGAGAAAAAUAGUAACAACUCAUUGGAUGAUAAAUCCAAAGGAGGAAAGUGUUUGGAUGAAGAAAGCAUUUGUGAAGAUAAGAUAAAAUAUGAUAAGAGUAGUAUAUAUAAUAGUUAUAAUAAUAGUUGUGAUAUAUUUAAUUUGAAGGAAGAGGUUUUAGGUAUUCAUAAAAAGAAUAUUUGUUGUAUAAAAUUAAUAAGAAACGGUAGUAACUUAAUAAUAUCAGGAAAUGAUAAUAAUGUAAGAAUCUAUGAAUUUAAGAAUAUGAACAGAUAUGAAAAGAAUUAUACAAAAUUAGUAAGUCUAAAAGAAGGAUCUAUUAUUCAAUCAUUAGAUGCUAGAGAUAAUUAUAUUUUGAUAGCACAUGGAAAUAAAUGUUUUGUAUAUAAUAAAAAUGGGGAAUAUAUAAAAAAUAGUAUACGAGGUGAUAUGUAUAUUAAAGAUGUAAAUAAAACAAAAGGACAUACUAGACAAAUUAAUUGUUGUAGAUUUCAUCCUUUAAAUGAACAAGUUUUUAUAAGCGGUAGUCUAGAUAGUACCAUAAGGAUAUGGGACAUGGAAAAGGAAAAUAAUACAUAUGGAUUAAAUAAAGAAUUGAUUCAUUCCCAAUGUAUAAAAGUAGUUAAUGAGAAAAAUUUAUUAACAAAUAAUAUUAUAUCAUGCGAAUUUACAAAAGAUGCUAAUUCAAUUAUUAUCGGUUGUUCUAACGGGUUGAUUGAUAUAAGAAAUAAGUUAUCAAAUGAUUAUACAUAUAAUUAUAAAUCAAGUGAUAAUUAUUAUAUAAAAAAAGAUGUUUGUCAUAAAGAUUCAAUAAUCGAUAUAUUAACUUGUAAAAAAAAUAAAAAUUAUUUUUUUACACGUAGUAUGGAUAAUACCAUCAAAUAUUGGGACCUACGAAAUCUUCAUUUAUGUCUUCAUACGAUUCAAGAUGUACCUACCAUAUAUGAAAAAAGUAAUAUGUCAUAUUUUCAUAAUGAAAAAUAUUUAAUUAUAGGUACCCAACAAAAAAAAAAAAAUGAUUCUAUUCUUUUAGAUGAACAUGUAAAUUAUAUAUCAAGUAAUGUAAAUAAUAAGAACAAUACUCAUGAUAUAAAAUAUCGUCAAAAAGUUGAAGAUUUUGAAAAUUCACAAAAUGAUUAUGACUGUACAGAAGAAACAGAUAUAAGAAAAAACAAAUAUAAAAAUAAGGAAGAGGAAGAGGAAGAGGAAGAAAAAAAAAAAAAAAAAAAAAAAUGUAUUAUUAAUAAUAAUUAUAUUAAAGAAUAUAAAGGUGAUGAAGAUAUGAAUAAUUUUUUAACAGAAAUGUCAUCAUUAAAUAAAAUAGAAAAAAAUAUAUUUGGAAGUAUACAGAUAUAUGAUAUAGAAAACAAUUUUAAUUUAGUAUAUACUAAAAAUUAUGAAUGUUCAGGUAUUAUAUGUACAUAUUAUGAUGAAUAUAUAAAACAAUUAUUUUUAGGAACAACCGACGGAAGAUGUCUUAUAUAUUAUGGUGAUAAUUCAAAGAAAGGUGUAUUAGAUUAUUUACAACAAAAAGGUUAUAAAAGAAAAGAUGAAACAAAUGAAAACACGUUUUUCUAUAUGAAGAAUGAUAAUAUAUAUAAUUUAGAUAAUUUACCAAAAGAAAUACAAAUAACGCAAUCGGGAAAUGUAAUAAUUAAGAAAAAUAAUCUAAAUAAUAAAAAAAUAAAAGUAAAUCCAAGUGUUCAAUCAUUAUAUCAAAAUGCAUAUGAAAGAAAAACUAAUGUUAGUGCAUAUGCUAAAUUUAUUACAGAUGAUAAUAAUAACAAUUUAAAUUAUCAUGAUGAUAUAAAAAAUAUUUCAAAUAUAAAAGAUGAUAAUAUAGUUGAAGUUUUAAGAAAUAGAGAAUUAAAUAAAAAAGGAGAUGACUACUUUAUGAAGGCUUAUAAAUAUACACAGCCAAAUAAAAUUAUUGAUUAUUCAUCAUCAGAUGAACAAGAAUAUUCCAAUAUUUUAAAAAGACCAAAAUGUCCUCAAUGUGGAAUUAAAAAUUGUGUUUGUGGUUAUAUGAAAAAUAAAUAA